AUGUCUAUCGUAUCACCAACGCCCAUGGGCGGAAGCCAGUUUACAACACUUGGCAGGAGGACAUCUGCGAGGCAGGCAUUGAGGCGCCCGCCAUCGCGACAGCAAUUGGCCCAUCGACCAACGUCCGACUCGAACCCGAUUGGCAGCUCUCGGCUGCCUGGUGCUACAGACAACAAUGUCCAGGGCGGCGCACAAAAAUACGUCAACGACAACGACAGCUCAGACGAAGAGAUCCCCGUGCCUAUGAAGCUCAGUGCUCUCACCAAAGCACUCCUUGACGAUGGCGGUCCGUCUGCUACUGCUGCCAAUGCGGCCCAACCGGCAGCUGUUCCUACGCGCCACAGGAGCUAUCUCGAUCGGGGCUUGGAGCAUAAAGACUCGGAUAAGGAGGUUGGAACUUUGCGGGAAAGUCGUCGAAAUGUGCGGGCUGGCAGCGCGCAGCUGAACUCGUCACCAAAUCGCGGUGUUGAGCCCAGCUCCGCUCCAAGGAAGAGGGUUGUUCGCCUAAGCUCGACCAGUGCAAGCGUCAACACCACUCCUGGUGGGUCAAGCCUUCAAAGCAGGGUUCGGAGGUCAUCCACGCAUAAGAGACCGGCGAGCAAGGAAAGGACAGAUGAGAGAAACAAGGUAUCUGGUCCCGAGCCAGUCGCCAGCCAGGACUCUACUGCAGCCGCCGACUCUGGUGCCGGCAUAAAUACCCCUCUGACUGGCGCCAGGAGGGUGCGCAUUGUUGCUAAUUCCUCAGCAACUCGGGGUAGAACGCCUGGAUCUGUUCUCAGGUCGUCUAGCUCGGCCGGCACGUCUCGGCUUCCCAGUUCGGCUGCGCAAAGCGACCACGAGCAACCAGAAGAGCCGAGGACGGAGCAAAGGACAAGGACGUCGCUCAACAACAACAACAACAACAACAACAGCGGCGCAAAUACCGCAAAGAAACCCGACGACCCUGCUCCCCAGAGCUCGAUGCGCAUGAAGCGUAUCGGUCAGCUCCCUGGGAGCUUUCUCAGUGGUCCCGCCCGCCGAGGUAGGAGACGGCAGAGCGAUGAGGAGGAAAACGCCGCAGCAGAUGAACAUUAUCAAGAUCAGUAUAUGCAUGGAUUGCGGGAACACGAGCCUGAAAGUAUUGCAAGGCAGCAGCCUGGCUCAGGUGCCGGCUCGUCGUUUCACUCGUCCAGCUAUAGAGAUCAGGCUGCCGCAUCUGGGAGCCCAGUUAGUAUCAAGGAUCCGGCAAGAGUUGCGCUCCGUAACAAAACAUCACCGGGUUCCGCCGCAAAGACAGACGGUGAUACUAAUAAGGAGAACGUUCCGCCUGAAGAAGCACACGAACCCGCACCCGUCUAUCAACCGGUGCUCCCGUCUGCACUUGACCAGGAAAACGCCGUGUCAGCCGCUGUCGCUAGGUCAAAAGAAAUCCUUUCAAUGCACGAGAAGCUGGCCGCCAGAGAUCCCGCGCCGCUCCCCCAAGUACAAGCACCUGCGAUGCAAAAUCAAAGGGCGCCAUCACCAGAGCGCAAAGUGCUUUCUCACAUGAGCAGAAAUACUCCAUUGAGGCCAGCUCCUCCACCUCCACCCAAGAUGAGCGUAUUAGAUGCUGUAACUUCCACCGCGGGGGCCGCCACUACCGCCCAAGCCAUCAAGAAGCAGCGAGUGCUUCUCAAGGUCAAUGGGCGUGCAUACAACAGGCUGGAUUGCAUCGGGCGAGGCGGCAGUGCAAAGGUCUAUAGGGUGACAGCUGAGAACGGCAAGAUGUUUGCUCUCAAACGUGUAUCCCUUGAGAAUGCCGACAUAACUGCGGUCAAGGGAUUUUUGGGCGAGAUUGAACUGCUCAAACGCCUUUCCGGGGUUGACCGCGUCAUCCAGAUGUACGACUCUGAACUCAACCAGGAGAAGAAGUUACUCAGUGUGCUCAUGGAGAUGGGCGAGCUUGACCUAGGCGACCUGCUCAAAUCCAGACAUAGCCAGGAGGAUUACAAACUCGACACAGUCUUUGUUCGCUUCAUAUGGAAGGAGAUGCUGGAGUGUCUGCAAUCCGUACAUGCCUGUGACAUUGUCCAUUCGGAUCUCAAGCCAGCAAAUUUUGUCAUGGUCAAGGGGCGGCUGAAGCUCAUCGAUUUUGGCAUUGCCGGGGCCAUCCAGACGGAUGAGACGGUCAAUGUCCACCGCGAGAAUCAAAUAGGGACACCAAAUUAUAUGUCUCCCGAAUCCCUCAUGGACUCUGCUCACUACUCAGCCACAGCGGCCAACAAUGGACGUCCCGACCGAUCACUCAACCGCACGAGGGUGAUGAAGCUGGGCAAGCCCAGCGACGUCUGGAGCUUGGGGUGCAUCCUGUAUCAGCUGGUGUACGGAACACCGCCCUUCGGACAUAUCCCGAACCAACUUGCUCGGUGUCAGGCCAUUAUUGCAUGGGAUCACAAAAUAAGCUACCCCGAAAAGGGCGCCGGCGGAGUAUUCGUCCCACCUUCGCUCAUCCGAACGAUGAAGAGGUGUUUGAUUCGCGACCAGCAAUACCGGCCGACAUGCGGGGAGCUCCUCACUGAGACUGACCCUUUUCUCUAUCCGCAAGAGAUCGACAUGGAUCGCGUGCUGCCCAUGACGGAGGAGCUUCUCACAAGGGUCAUCCACAGCGUGGUCAACCGUUGCCGCGACCGCAUGCCGACUGAUGGCGAACUAAUGACGGCCUGGCCCAAUGCAUACUGGGCUUCGGUGAAGAAAAGUGUGGGGAGCAAGGAAUCGAGAUCAUGA